AAAGUAUUCAGACAUAUAAAACGAGGCGAGGGGUGAGACUAUUUAAAGAGACACAAGACCGCGCAAAGGAACUUAAAAACCCCACCUGGUCACUUUGGGAGGUUUUACUGGAGGUAUUUCAGGACCCCGAUCAGCGCGCGGAUCACAUCUCUAUAGCACAUGUGUAAAGCAAUGCUCGUGAGGAACGGCUCUCAGCUUUUGCUCUUCAUAACUCUCUCCAGUGUUUUAUAUGCCCGGACCUUAAGUUUACCCUUCGCCUCCAUGAGAGAUACAAGACACGCAGACGGGCUCUUCACAAGCGGAUACAGUAAACUUCUAGGACAGAUAUCUGCCAGGCGGUACCUGGAGUCAUUGAUCGGAAAGCGGGUCAGUGAUGAUUUGAUGGAAGACCAGGCACCGAUGAAGCGUCAUUCAGACGCAAUAUUCACAGACAACUACAGCCGCUUUCGCAAGCAGAUGGCGGUGAAGAAAUAUCUCAACUCCAUUCUCACAGGAAAAAGAAGUCAAGAAGACCCACCCAGCCUGCAGGAGGAAUCGACUGGAGGAGAGACCACGUAUCGGGAGAGCUACGAUGACGUCACUGUAGACCGACUUCUCAAUCAUAUACCAUUGCCUCUCUGAGGUUGGUUUGAAGACAAGAAAACAACUCUUCGAGACCAUCAUAGGUUUUCCAUUUACACAGUCUAGUAUAGGACAUCAACAUAAUACUAAAAGAACGUGUUGAAACCGAAAAAUGUGGUUACCUAUGACGUAAAUGUUUGCACUGUACAUAGAAAAUAAACUUUGAUGAGAGAUGUUAGCUUGAAGAUGUACAUAGUGUGCUUUGGCCUUGGAAACCAAAUUGCUUUGACAUGUUUCCUGUAAAUUGUAGAACAAUAAAUGCAUUGAAACAAA